AUGAACGUGAUCUACCCGCUGGCGGUGCCCAAGGGGCGCCGGCUCUGCUGUGAGGUGUGCGAAGCCCCGGCCGAGCGGAUGUGCACGGCCUGUACAGUCACUUAUUACUGUGGUCCUGUGCAUCAGAAGGCUGAUUGGGGCAGCAUCCAUGCAAAGAUAUGCCAGCUGCUAAUUCCUCUGCGCACUACCAUGCCCUUCUACAACUCAGAGGAAGAGAGGCAGCAUGGUCUGCAGCAGCUGCAGCGGCGACAGAAGCACUUGAUUGAAUUCUGCUACACAGUCGCCCAGAAAUAUCUCUUUGAAGGAAGACAUGAAGAUGCCGUCCCUGCGGCUUUGCACUCCCUCCGAUUCCGCAUGAAUGUGCACGGCCUGAGCUCAGUCGAGCUUGUACCUGCUUACCUGCUCCUGGCUGAGGCCAGCCUUGGUCUGGGUCGGAUAGUGCAGGCUGAAGAAUAUCUAUCCCAAGCCCAAUGGACAGUCCUCAAGUCAACUGACUGUAGUAACGCCACCCAUUCUUUACUGCAUCGGAACCUGGGCCUUCUCUACAUCGCCAAGAAGAACCUCGAGGAAGCCCGGUACCAUCUGGCUAAUGACAUUUAUUUUGCCAGCUGUGCAUAUGGGACAGAAGAUGUCAGGACCUCAGGAGGCUACUUCCACCUGGCCAACAUUUUCUAUAGCCUUAAGAAAAUGGAGCUGGCCGACACAUUGUAUACAAAGGUCUCGGAGAUUUGGUAUACGUAUCUGAACAGUCACUAUCAAGCCCUCUUACAGGCUCGUACCCAACAAACAGAUUUACUGGGCAAACAGUUUGUGAAUGAUACUGGCUUGGAUGAAGCCCAGGAAGCGGAAGCCAUUCGGAUCCUAACUUCAAUCCUGAUUAUUCAAGAAUCUACUUCCGCCAAAGCACCCCAAAAAAGCAUCCUUAUUCUGAAGACUCUGAGCAUCCUUUACUAUCUGAUGUUGGAGUAUUCAAAGGCGAAGGAAUAUGCCACGAAAGCCCUCAGUCUAGCUGAGACUUAUGUCAGUGAGGAGGAGCAAAGGUUCAUUCAAGAGUUGCUGAGUGUCAUUUCAGCCGAGGAAAAGCAGCUCAUGACCUAG